GUGCGUCACGUGACUCAGCCUGGGUUCGAGAUUGACCUGUGAUGGCGGCUGGAUGCGACCUCGAAAAGGUAGUGCGAGCAAGAGUUUCACUGGCACGCCGAAAAAGCGUCCGAAACCACCUGAGAAGAAGCAGUCACCUCACAAGAAGAAUCUUCACAUCGCCGCCUACCCUUUGAUUGUUCUUUUCAACCUCAUUAGUCAUCUUGUGUUCCAAAUUUGGUUGUUUUUUACCUUCGUUUACCGGCAAGUGCUGAAACGACGGGCGCGGAAUACAAACCAGGCAGCUCGGGACAGAGUCGACACCAUGAGCGGGGAGAAAGGCACGGGAGACCCGGCACUCACCAGGCAGAGAGCUUACCAGAAAAAGGCUUUCGAGUUCAUCUCUCGAGCGCUGAAGAUCGAUGAAGAAAACUCAGGACAGAAGCAUCAGGCCAUCGACCUAUACAGAAAGGGUAUCGCUGAGUUGGAGAAGGGCAUUGCAGUGGAGUGCAGAGGCCAUGGUGAGGAAUACGAUCGAGCCAGAAAACUCCGAGAGAAGAUGCUGACCAACCUGGGCAUGGCCAGGGAUCGCUUAGACCUGCUAGAGACUGUGCUUGCCUCAGAGGAUACCAGUGAGUGUGAUAAACCCUCCAGACAUGCCAGCGAGUCUGAUAAAUCUGCCACAGCCACAAGUGAGUCUGAUAAACCAUUAGGAGGCACAGACAGGGCUGAUAAAUCCUCCACAGAUGCCCGUGCAUCUGACACACAUCCAGAAGGCAACAGUAGCACAUUAGAGUCUGGAGUGACUGCACCUGUGCCUAAGAAGGUGGGACCCAUGGCCAACAAGAGCUCGACUCUGCCCAGAGCCAGCAGGGUGCACAGCUACGGGGGGAGUGGCAGCAGUAAAAGUCACAGCCCUCAGCCUCUGAGGAAAAAGUCGCUCCAGUCAACAGCUAACAGGGAAAACCGGGCCCCCGGGAAGACCACAACUCCUGCACGUGGGAGUCCCCGAGUCACGGGACCCAACAAGAAGAGACUAGCCAGCCUGAAAAAUGUGGACUCCAAACUGGCAAACAUCAUCCUGGAUCAGGUCAUUGACAGUGCUCCCUCCGUGAAUUGGGAUGAUAUUGCUGGGCAAGAUGCAGCAAAGCAGGCCUUGCAGGAGAUUGUCAUUUUACCAUCCUUAAGGCCAGAGCUGUUUACAGGCCUGAGGGCCCCUGCUCGUGGGCUCCUGCUCUUCGGACCACCAGGCAACGGCAAGACCAUGCUGGCGAAGGCUGUGGCCAGUGAAUCCAAUGCAACAUUCUUCAACAUUAGCGCUUCCACAUUAACAUCUAAAUGGGUUGGAGAGGGAGAGAAGCUGGUGAAGGCUCUGUUUUCUGUGGCCAGAGAACUGCAACCUUCUAUCAUCUUCAUGGAUGAGAUCGACUCCUUACUGUGUGAGAGAAGGGAGGGUGAACACGACGCCAGCAGGAGGCUCAAAACAGAGUUUCUCUUGGAGUUUGAUGGGGUGCACAGUGGGAACGAUGAUCGAAUCCUUGUGAUGGGUGCAACUAACCGACCACAGGAGCUGGACGACGCUGUCCUCAGGAGGUUUGCUAAAAGGGUCUACGUGCAGCUGCCGGAGCUGGAGACCAGAGUUGUUAUCAUGUCCAGACUGCUACGGAAGCACCACAAUCCCCUCAACCAAAAAGAGUUGCAGAACUUAGCAAGGCAAACUGAAGGCUACUCAGGAAGUGACCUGACAAACUUAGCCAAGGAUGCAGCACUAGGACCCAUCAGAGAACUGGACCCUGCCCAAGUGAAAUCCAUGCCAGCAGACAAGAUCCGUAACAUAAGAUACUCAGACUUUGUUGACUCCCUGAAGAGAAUACGUCGCAGUGUACCUCAGAACUCUCUGUCAUCCUUUGAGCAGUGGAACAGGGACUAUGGAGACAUGUCAACCUAGCAGUGUUGGAUGAAGAUACUGUCUUCUAGUCUCGGGAAUGAAUGUUCAUACAAUCAAUGAAAGUUGUGUUUAAUUUCCUUACCUGAAAAGCCAUUUAGUUGCAUCAAUUCCUCUCAAAUGUACUAGAGUCCCUAAAUGUUGGACUGAAAACUCCUCUCAUGUAGUCAGAGGAAACAUCUUGUCAAGAGUGUCUCUCACAAGCCAUGAUUUUUCUGUCCAUCCAUGGAAAGUCAGGGACCUUAAAUCAGCUGUAUCAGAAGUAAUUGUGCAAUUAUUAUCAAGAUGUUUUUUGUCAUAAAAUCUUUCGAGGAAAGACUUGGUAAGGCCAUGGUAGUUAUUUUGGACAACAGCUAUUUGUAACUUUCUGAUAAGCCAUGAAAUUUUGACCCAUAUGGACUAUCACAUCAUUUCUUACUCAGUGGUCUAAAGUUAAAACCUGAGUUAAAUUGUUAAUAUUGUAAAUAUGAUUUAAAUCACUCAUCAUCUUAUUAGAUUUGAGGUACCAAAAAAAGGUGUAUGGUGGACAGUCGUGUUUCUGAUUUGAAAUGGAGACUUUUGUCUGCAGAAGUAAGUUAUGAUAAUUGAUAUGUUAGACUUUGUACAGAUUCUUAUAAGAGCUUCCAGUUGUACAUACACGUUAAAUGUUACUUGUAUUAUUUUUCAUGGCACUCCAUUGCUAAUCUGCUGUUACUUCUAUGCAAUUAUUAUCAAUUCAGCACCAAGGACAGACACCACUAAAAUUAAGUGCAGUGAGCUACCGGUACUUCAUUUUCCCAAAAACGCCAUGGAGAGCUAGUUUCCAACCAGGUUAUUAAAUGGAUUUGCUUUAGUAUAUGAUACACCCUUCAUUAUGUUAGGCUGUAAUUCUGUGUGUAUGUGCAAAACCAAAUGAAGAAAUAUUUGUUCUGCACACUCUUCAUUUGUGCAAUCCAUACCCAUUGACUUUCAUUGUAUGCUGUUGCAAGGAAGCCAGACUUUCCAGAAGUCUGGUGCAUGGAAAUCCUGGCUGGCAGACAUCAUAUGCGCUGCCAAUCCAUUUUAACCUUCCAGUAUUUAUGAUUAGAGAUGUUGGAGUUGGUCAUAAAGGCACUGAUAGUGAAUCCAAGCAAGGCCACAUGUAGUGUUGAUGGAAUCUAGCCAUAAACCUUGUCCCAGCUUACUUGUGCAGUGAACACAAAUCUGCAGCUCAGCUAAGCAGAAGGAAUUUAUGUUUUUCUCUUCUAGCAUCUCAUAUCCACGAAUGUUUCAGCAGCUCUUGACGAAUGCAUGUUUCAUCAGACAGGUCCAUCGUACCAUGUACCAGGAGAAACAUGCUUUGCUGUGCCUUAGAGUCAAUAUGAGGCCUCAUGAAAGCUUGCCAUAACAGAUGAUGCAUGUAUUAUGGCAUUGGCAAUCUUUCAACAUCAACAUGCAAGCAAUGUUAUCAAAGUACCAUUGUUAAGCAUCGAAGGCCUGAAAGCACUGAUUUGGAGUACCAGCAAUACACGCAACAUUGUACAGCUAUUCGAUUAUCUUGUAUAUGUAAUACAUGUUGUAAGCAGUUGCAUUUGAUGUCUUGGGUGGUUUUAGAUUAUAUCCAGCUUAACUACAUGUUGGUCAUUUAGGGUCAGUAAAUUAGCCCUGUAAGUUUUAAUAAACUGGGCAUUUUUUUCAGGAAAGGCUGCAUAACCUGAUUCACCAUCCUGUUUUAUGCAUAAUCAUCAUUGCAACAUGCCCAAAUUUUGCAUCAGAAGUGGCUUUUAUGUGUACAAUUGUUAUGCCUUGGAUACAGCUAUCUGUAUGACCUGGAAAAAUGUCAAAUACCUCAAUUACUUUUUGUAAGGGUUGUUGUUUGUAACAGCGAUGUCAAAGUUACUUGCUUCACCAAUUUAUCAAUCUAUGUCCAAAGCCCACUGUACAGCUUAAUAUUUCCACAGCAGUAGCAGUAUGAUCCAUGUAUCGCCUGUUGUAUUGGAUGGUAGACAUAAGGGGUGGGUAUCGAUACGGUGUACCGGUACAAAACCCGUUUUUUCUUAUUGUACCGGUCCAGAAAAAAAUCGGUGGACCGGAUGUUGGACCUACUAGAAAAUAAAUGGAUUAUAUGAUCAGGAAUUCAUGCGUUUUGGGGCUUACCGGUCGAAGACAAUAACGAGAGCAAAGCAGGUAGAGUCUAUAGUCAUCUGUACAAAGUUUCCAGUCAAUCGUACAGAGGCAUCUUGUAAAUCUUGCAGGAUUUUAGAACUCCAGUGGGAGUCAAAUACUCCACAAAAUGGACCAUUGUUUUGAGUAUCAUCCAGUCACAUGCUCUAACAUACUGAACCAGGUCCGGACCUGAAUUUUGUGUACCGGUACCCACCCCUAGUAGACAUGGUAGAUAGAGGAAUGCCCAGCAUUCCUAUGUCCUGUAUCUGUGUGUGAUGUGACUUGAUUGUGGAAGGAGUUCCCGGCAGUUCUGAGUAAAUGUAUUUAUCUAAUUCAAAGAAACUUAAGUCCACCGUGCUCAUUAAGUACUUAGGCGCCUCCUACCACAGCAACAAGAUAACUACUAGGCAGUUUUUGUCCUUUGACAUAUUGACUCAAGUGAAAACACAAGGAGUGCAGUGUGAAAGCCACAGUGGUGAAGGAUCAAACAUGAAUAAAGGUUUAUUACUUCA